UGGGUGCGUUUGCUGUCGUACGGUGUAGUUAUGAAUUUUUUCUUCACUGUUUUUAUUUUAUUUAUGUAGUUUAACAAUUUCGUUCUGAUGGAGACGUAAAAAGUGAUAAUAGUGAAAGCUUUUCAAGAAUAAUAUCCAAUGCUGCUGUGUACUGAAUAUGGCUGACGAAAGACUAGUAGUUCUGAAUCGUUGUGACAACCUAGGAUUUGGAUUUUCAUUACUGAGUGAAGCCGGUUUGCCACACAUUAUAUACGAAAUCGAAGAAAAUUCUCCUGCUGCUCGUAGUGGUGAGGUGGAAGCGGGCGAUGUGCUCCUCAAGGUCAACGGGACCGAUGUCAACCGGUUCACAACCAGAGAAGUAUUAAAAUGUUUGCGACUGUCUUCAGAUCCUGUCACGCUUCGAUUAAAGAAGGACCCUCAGAUCAAAGCGAGCGUGCGCCGGUAUCUGUCUGCGGCGGCUGACCGCCGGACGAGCGGGCCCCGCGUCAGGCACGAUAGGGCGAGUUCGCUCCCGUCUAGCAACUCCAACUCGUCGACCAACUCGUCGAGCAACGGGUCGGGUGGGCGGUCGGGCGAGAGCUGCGAGGCGCUGCUGGGCGAGGACAGGUCGAUCCGGCCGCGCGCCACCCAGCCCAAGUUCGAGGCGUACAUGAUGACCGGCGACCUCAUCCUCAACCUGUCCCGGGUGGAGCACCCGCACCACAACCACCACGCACCCACACACAGAACACACUUCCACAGAUAUAACUCGACGCCCGCUUCGCCGAGUGAAAAUCGCCUUGCCAACCGUGUGGAGCUGUCGCAAAGGCACAACUCCUCGCCAGACACGGGCCUAGUCGGAGAUCCUAGUAAAUUGUUUAACUCUCAACCCGCGUCGCCGGCGUGCAACGUGCCCACAGCGGAGAUGUCGACGCGCACGCAACACGUCGUGCGUACGUCGCGCUCCGAGGACCACUUGCAAUUACAGAAGGAGUCGUCGCUGAGCGCGGUGGCGGUGGACAUGGAGGAGGACGUGACGUCAUCGCUCAACACGCUGCUCGAUGCCCGCCCCGACUCCGCCACGCCCGGACCCAGCACCGACUCCGACGAGAAGGACAGGAUCGUGUGGACGUACAACGCGCCCGUGUCGCAGUGUAACGGCUCCGCGGCCACUUCCAACUCUACCUCCAUAUCCGACGGCAUGUCACAGCGGUCGUCAUCCCCCGCGUCGCCGACGUCGGCGUCGUGGUCGGCGCUGUCGCCGCAGCGCGCGCCGCACGCUCACUUGCAUCACCGCACACUCAACGGUGAUAUGAGUUUAUCCGAAGCAGUAUCAAAUAUUUCUAGUCCCGACUUCCAAGAUCAAGACGACAUGUUCGAUACGGGGCGAGAGUGCCCUCGCAUGGAGUUGUCCGACCCGUCGGAUUCAGACUCCACGAUACUAGUGUCCGAGCCCUGCCACAAACGCGUCAAGUCCAAUUCCACAUAUUCGACUGAGCACGGAAGUGACGUCACGCUCAACGGCGACCACAGCAAAGACUACAGGAUAGUGAUACAAGUGAAGGGACCGGAGAAACAGAACGUUAAUACUAACGACACUGUUAACAACAAUACCAAUUACACCCAGAACGGCAAAGAGAACGGACACAACUCGCCGGAGCACCAGGGUUAUCAGGAGCUGUGUAGCGCGUCGGACGGCGGCGGCUCUGACGAGGGCUCCGACGUCGACUCGCUGCACUCCUUCCACUACAGUCCCAAAGCUGUAGACAUCCCGUCAGCAGAACGACUGGCGAAGCGACUGUACCACCUCGACGGAUUCAAAAAGUCUGAUGUUUCAAGACAUUUAAGCAAAAACAACGAGUUCUCCCGAGCCGUGGCGGAGGAGUACGUUCGUCACUUCGAGUUCGGCGGCACGACUCUGGAUGAAGCGCUACGUCAGUUUCUCGCUCGGUUCGCGCUCAGCGGCGAGACCCAGGAGCGCGAGCGGGUGCUGGUGCACUUCUCGCGACGAUACCUAGACUGUAACCCUGGAUCGUUUAAUUCGCAAGACGCGGUGCACACGCUGACGUGCGCGAUAAUGCUACUGAACACGGACCUGCACGGCUGCGGCGGCUCGUUCCGGCGCAUGUCGUGCGCGGAGUUCAUAGACAACCUCGCCGACCUCAACGACGGCGACAACUUCCCGCGCGAUACGCUCAAACACCUCUACCACGCGAUACGCACGCAGCCGCUGCAGUGGGCGCUAGACACAGAGACGACUCCCGGUGGAGGUGAUAACCGGAACUCGACGCCGGUUGGCAGCAACCCAUUCCUAGACCUUCCCGACCAAAGUCGCGCUGUCGAAUAUAAGAAAGGCUACGUCAUGAGAAAGUGUUGCUAUGAUGUUAACGGAAAGAAAACACCUUUUGGAAGACGAGGUUGGAAAAUGUUUUACUGCACGCUGCGGGAUUUAAUUUUGUACUUACAUAAAGACGAACACGGGUUCAGACGCAGCCAAAUGUCUGAUAACUUACACAAUGCCAUAAGAAUACAUCACGCUUUAGCAACAAAGGCAACUGACUACACAAAAAAGCAACACGUCUUUAGAUUACAGACCGCCGAUCAAGCGGAAUACUUGUUUCAAACUAGUGAUUCAAAGGAGUUGUGCUCGUGGGUGGAGACCAUAAACUUUGUGUGCGGGGCGUACUCUGCGCCGCCGCUAGCGGGCGCGGUGGGCUCGCAGCGCAAGUUCCAACGCCCACUUCUGCCUUGUACGCAUACCAAACUUUCCAUGCGCGAACAAUUAGCGGAACACGAGGAGCGCGCGGCGCGGCUUGAGGAGGAGCUGGCGGCGCUGCGGCAGUCGCGUGACUCGCAGCGCGAUAGGGAGCAAUACUUGAUGCAUGAGAUCAAGCGGUACCGCACGUACGCGUACGCGAUGCGGGCGCGCGGCGGCGGUGCGGGCGCAGACGAGGCGGCGCCGGCGCUGCCCGAGCGCGCGCCACCGCCCUGACGCGCCAUGGCGCUCUUCGCCGCCUGCCUGCUGUGACUACGCCGCUGCUGACUCGCACGACCGCACGUAACGCAGUCUCCAGGUCGACGGAGCGAUUCGUCGAUCGCCACCCUCCGACUUGCUAGGGCCAACCGUCGGACGUGUCUUGUCGUACCGUCGCCGAUUUAGUGAAAUAAACCUAAAGGACGACAAUUGGUGAACUUUCAAAAUUUAUACUUUAGUAUGUCGUCGAAUAUUAGAACGCUUAUUGAUUAAAUGUAGGAGUGGUUGUGCUGAGCAUGAUUAUAUUCUCCGCGUUCGUGACGUAUUCGAAAAAUAUACAUCGAUUUUCUCAUUUUG